AUGGGAAUUUUUAAUGGGCCCUGUCCUUUUGACGAGAGAUUCACUAAAAAUGAUGGUUAUCCUACUAAAUCUUCAACAAUUCAGACUAGCACUGAACGAGCUGUAUACAAUAAGUUUAAAGAAUUCGAGAAUGCAAAUUCCUUAAAACAAGUAAAGUUAUAUAGAGACAUUCAUUUUGAGUAUAUCCGAGGUGGUCUCGACCAUCUUCAUAAAUAUUUUGUAGUUUUAGAUGCUAGCAAACCUUGGCUAUGUUAUUGGAUGCUUCAUUCUUUGGAUUUGCUUGGUAACGAAAUUACUCCUGAUAUUAUCAAAAGAGGUAUUUCCACCAUAUCUAAAUUACAGAAUGUGACUGGAGGAUUUGGUGGUGGUCCAGGUCAAAUAUCACAUGCUGCCGUAACCUACGCGGCUGUAAACGUGUUGGCAACUAUAGGAACAAAAGAAGCAUAUGAUAUUAUUGAUAGAGAAAAUCUUUACAAGUGGUUUCUCAAAUUAAAAAAACCGGAUGGAUCUUUUAUAAUGCAUGAAGGUGGUGAGGUGGAUGUAAGAGGCGCAUAUUGUUGCCUUUCUGCCGCUGCAUUGACCAAUUUGAUUACACCCGAAUUAACAGCAGGAACUUCAGAGUGGAUUAAAAGGUCUCAAAAUUAUGAUGGAGGAAUUGGUGGUGAGCCUGGAAUUGAAAGUCAUGGAGGUUACGCGUUUUGUGGCCUUGCCGCCAUGGAAAUUAUGGGUAAAUCUGAAGAAUUGGAUAUUUCAUUGUUAUUGCGUUGGGCUUCCUCACUUCAAAUGCAAGUUGAAGGAGGUUUUCAGGGUCGACCAAAUAAAUUAGUAGAUGGAUGUUAUUCAUUCUGGGUUGGUGCUUUAUUUCCAUUAUUAGAAGUCAUAAUUUCAAGACAAUAUGAAAAAAAACAUGAAAAUAAGGAAAGAGAUCUUGCUCAAUCAUUAUUUGACAGAGAAUCACUUCAAGAAUACAUUCUGAUAGCUAGUCAAUCACCCAAAGGUGGUUUUAUUGAUAGACCAGGAAGUUCACCAGAUUAUUAUCACACAUGUUAUUGUUUGAGUGGUUUGUCCACUUCACAAAAUCAUGUUGUUUAUGAUGUUAAAAAACACAAAGAAGAUUUAAAUGCUGGUAUGAGAUCUUUAUUGUGGUUUGAAGAUACAGAAGAUAUAAAUGUUGUAGGAGAUUCAGAUAAUCUUUUGGUUCAUAAAAUAAUUAAAUAUUUUUAUGAAGGAAAUUAA